ACCGGCGUGAGGCGUGUGUGUGUGUUUUGUCCUUCAGUGUAGCUGUCUCUCUCCCUCUCUCUGUACACACACUCGCUGCACAUCACCCGCUACAACCACCACACGCGCUCACACACACUGUAUCGCACAGCUGGUUAGCCUGCUAGCUAACGUUGUUUCAUUCCAACUGACGGCGUUGUGUUUGAAUUUAGUUUUUUUUUUCGUACUGUUAUGUGUAGACGUGAUUAUCGUUGAAGUAACGGAUUAUCUGCAUCCCUCCUCGGCUGACCGGCAGCUGCCAUGGAAUGCCGUGUUCUGUCCAUACAGAGCCAUGUAGUCCGGGGAUAUGUGGGCAACAAGAGCGCCUCCUUCCCAUUACAGGUUUUAGGGUUCGAGGUGGACUCCAUCAACUCUGUCCAGUUCUCUAACCAUACAGGUUAUUCUCAUUGGAAAGGCCAAGUGUUGACAGCAGAUGAGCUCCAUGUUCUUUAUCAAGGAAUCAAACUGAACAACGUACACCAGUAUGACUAUGUUUUAACAGGGUAUACCAGAGACACAUCUUUCUUGGAGAUGGUGGUGGACAUUGUUCAGGAGCUAAAGAGAGCCAACCCCAACCUGGUGUAUGUGUGUGACCCCGUCCUCGGUGAUCAUGGAUCUAUGUACGUUCCUCAGAAUCUUUAUCCGGUCUAUAAGAACAAGGUGGUUCCUGUUGCUGACAUUAUCACUCCUAACCAGUUUGAGGCUGAAUUAUUGACAGGGAAAAACAUCAGCACAGAGAAAGACGCUGUAGAGGUUAUGGACCUGCUCCAUGCGAUGGGCCCAGACACAGUGGUCAUCACCUCCUCUGAUCUACCCUCCAGGCUGGGAGACCGCUUCCUUGUGUCGCUGGGCAGCCAGCGUCAUGUUCGCCCCGACGGCAGCAGGACGACACAGCGAGUUCGAAUGGAAGUUCACAAAGUGGACGCCGUCUUUGUAGGAACUGGAGACUUGUUUGCUGCUAUGCUGCUAGCGUGGACACACCACUACCCUAAUGACCUGAAGAUGGCCUGUGAGAAGACUUUCUCAGUGAUGCAUCAUGUUAUCCAGAGGACCAUUUCGUAUGCUCACGAGUUAGCAGGUCCCGGUCGGAGGCCCAGUCCGCCCCAGCUGGAGCUGAGGAUGGUUCAAAGUAAAGCUGACAUAGAAGACCCUGCUAUAGUUAUGGAGGCCAUAGUCAUAUCCUAACAUUACCGACACAUAAGACUCAUACUAACCUUGUCCUCUUCACCCAUAAAUCUCUCAAAUCCAGUAUCUCGGUGAAUCUCUCAUCACUGUCAACCUUGACUGUCAUUUCCAAACUUCAACACCUCAUCAUCCAGACCUCCUCAAAACCCUUAGUAUUGUAACCCCUGUAGUCCUCUCAGCCUAAACCCUUUACCCCUUUAAGUCCUCAGUGUCCUAACCCCUUAACCUGUAACUCCUACGUCCCUUUACCCAAGCCCUGUUUUGAAUCUAGAGCCAUGGAUAGACAGAAAGCAUGGUUAGGUUGGACUGUCGCUGCCUCAUCUCUAACCAGGUAUGUGAGUGGACUGCACAGCUGCUUUUUUAGAAAAGCUGUGGGGUUUAAGUGUCCACGAGCAUAACACAUAACAUGCAGCAUAUAAAAUACAUGCUGGUAAUACUAACAAACAAAAUAUGAGGGUGAUAAGGUUGAUUGGAAAACCCAUUCAAGGUUCAGUCCUCAGCACGAUGGAGGAAUGGAGUUCUAGUUCGUACUCUAUGGAGUAAUAACUCUUCAGUGGGGAGUGUUGAAAAGCAGUUUUUUGCUACCCUCUCUGGCUGGAAGAUUCUCUGGUCUGCUUCACUUCUGUGGGCUGUGGUCAGAGGUGCUCUGUGUGCACCUGUAACCACACCCAGCAGUGAUGUCACAGUGUACUGACUCACCCUGGAGUACACCUCUAUCAAUGCAGCGAGAAAUUAAACCACCAAGAGGUUCUGAUUAGGGCUGGGUAUCGCCAAUGAUUUCCGGAAUCGAUUUGAUUCCGAUUCACAGGGUCCCGAUUCGAUUACAUUUCCAUUCCAUAUCAAUUAGGUUAGGGAGAUUACCGUACAAAUUUCGCUUGUGUAUAAAAGAGAUUCUCAGAGCACUUAUGUAUGCUUUAAAUUGUACAAGCAAGAAGCAACCCCCAAAUAUUGUUUCAUAAUGCACCAGGUUAAUGUUUACAUUACGAAUUGACACCCAAAAAGUUUGUAGUGGGUUAUACAUCCAUUGAAAGAUUUUUUUCAGGAUUUUAUUUAUCGAUAUCAGAUCACUCAAACAAAGAUCCAUGUUAAUUGGAGAACUGAUUAUUUGUACCCAGCCCUAGUUCUAAUGUAGCGGGGACAAUUUGUUGUUGCAUUCAGAAACGGAACACUGCAACAUAUUUGCAGUGUUUACCCAAAAGUGAUCCAAAUUGAAUCCAGCUGCUUAAUGUUCUCCAAAACUCUACCUCUAAAUUAUUAGAUAUAAACUUAGCCUGCUUUAUUGCUCUAUUACUGCCACUCCACUCAACUCACGUUUAACUUUGACAGAAUGCACUCUAGCUGUGGUCCUCCACACCAGUUGCCAAGUAGCAGGAUUGCUGCACUGACAUCGGUAUAAGACUAUAAUGAUCAAACCCUGUUUAUCUAUGGCUCUGCCCACCACUAUUUCGACCCCCUCCCCCGUCUUACAGCAGUAAUGUAAUGGUGACCAAGUCUAACCCCAUUAGACCCCUUCAAAAUAUAACAAAUGAAAAAAAACAAAAAAAACGCACAAUGUAUAGUUGAUGUAUAGAUGUUGUACUAUAACUGUAUUGGACCAUCUGUAUGAUAUCUUCUAUCUGAUCUGUCUAUUGGACCAUUGUGUUGAUGCUACUGUACUAUAGACCACACGCACUACAAUAUCACCCAAACCAGAGACAUUUGGGCUGGUUCUGGCACUCCUGGAGGCUCCAGUGGCUCCAGUUGUUGCCACUUGUUAGUAAUAGGUAACUGUAUUAAUAGUCAUAGUGAACCCUUUUUCAUCUCAACACAACAUUAAGAAAAAAGGGCAACCUGAGCUGUCUGAGCCGUCCCUCCUUUGGCCGGUUUUACUUGUGCUACACCAAUCUGAAAUUGGCUACCUCAGUGCCAGAACCAACCCACAUCAUUGCCGGGCGGUUCCCGGCCCAGCUCUGGCCCAGAGCCUUAUACCUGAGCGUUGUGCCACUGAAUUUACUGGAGGCCUCGAGAAGUUGUAAAAGGAGACCCUCCUCAUCACAGCAGGAGACUCUUGUCGUUUCUUCAAUAAAUGGGUAAUGAUGCUGA